ACUCCAACAAAUGUCAACUCAACACUUAUCGUCUUUGAAUGAAAGUCAAUACCAUACUCGAUUCGGUGCCAUUAUUGGAACUCUCUGAAAAUUGCAGGCAUUAGAGUUACUCCCCCUGCCGGAUACAGUGAUGCGGGUUUAGAAGCAACGAUUUCCAUGCUUGUGUUUAUCAAAUUUUAUCUGGGCCAGGUGUUGCCCGCGAACUUUGACCUCCCUGGAUUGACUAUGCUACCUAUAUUGUUAAGCACGUGGAAGAAGAUCCUACAUAUACUAGCGUCGCUGUUCGGUAUUCGGAGAGGCGAGUCGACAAUGGAAGGCGAUGUUGUAAGCGAGAGAGAUGUGCGGCGCAAAGCCUACAGCUGGUGCAGAGAUUCGUUGCAUGGUUCAUGGGCCAAAAUAACAGAGGAUGAAAUUAUUGUAAAACAUUUGAGUGGUGGUCUAACGAACUUCCUAUACUUGUGCUACCUUCCAAAGACACUGGAGCCGGACAUCAGGGAGCCGACCUGCGUGUUGCUGCGUAUCUACGGACACAUUGCCAAGAGCAGUAAGGAGUUCGUUGUCCACAACUCCGUGGUGUUCGCUCUCCUGUCAGAGAAGGGAAUGGGACCAAAGUUGUAUGGCAUUUAUCAUGAUGGAAGGAUAGAAGAAUACAUUCCAACACAAGCUUUGUUAACAUCGGACCUGGUAACACCAUCGAUAUCUCACCUCAUCGCCAGGAAAUUGGCCCAUUUCCAUCAACUGGACAUGCCGCUGUGCAAGGAACCACGGUGGCUCAAGAACAUCGUGGAUGGAUGGCUGACAGAAAUCAAGAAUAAUUUCUCCCAACAUUCAGAGAGCAAUCCAAAAAUGAAGAAACUUAUGUCUUUCAAUUUAGAGCAGGAAUUUGAAGAAUUAAUGCUAAUCUUGUCUCGGGUUCGCUCACCAGUCGUGUUUUGUCAUAAUGAUCUACAAGAAGGAAACAUCUUGUACCUGAAGGACGAGCCGAACCCGGCCCGGCAGAUGACGGUCAUAGACUGGGAGUAUUGCAGCUACAACUUCAGGGGCUUUGAUAUCGGGAACCACUUCAUAGAAUGGUGUUAUGAUUACACAAACCCGGAGCAGCCCAUGUUCUACCACAUUCCAGACCGAUUCCCCUCCAGGAAACAGCAGUACGCUUUUUUCCGAGAGUAUCUGAAAAGUUUUGGACGUGCGGAAGAGGACAUUUCAGAGACCGAGCUGGCGACCAUGUACAUAGAAGUAAAUACGUACGCUCUCGGGUCCCACUUCAUGUGGGGGACAUGGGCCAUUAUACAAGCAGAGACCUGCAAGAUCGAGUUCGGUUAUUGGGACUAUGCCAUAUCAAGGUUCGAAGCCUACUUCGAGAUGAAGAAACGCUUGCCAACCCUCCGUAGUGAAGACUAGUUCACCAGAUGGCGCUGUUAUUGUGAUUGACGGAUAUUUGUGUGCCAGGACACAAUGGACACACAGACACAUGACACAACGGUGAACUGGUUCAAUUGGCUGUGAUAUAACUGCUUUUGUAUAUUACGUAAGGACACAGAAAUCCAUUCUGUAUAUCUUGUGGCAGAGGACGAGGGCACGUUCUUUGGUAGAUGGCUUCAGAAGUCCAAUGUUCUUGUGUUGUAAUUGUUUGUUUCCAGGAAAGAAGAAAUGUACCGG